UCGUCCCGCCCCGCGGCCGGGGAGGCUUACGGAACGUAUUCCGGUGCGAAGGUUUGUUGUUGUCAUACCAUGCCACGAAACUAUAUUCGAAAAACUGACUGGGGCUCAGCAACCUAUGAGGAACUGGAGAAAGCUUUUGUUGAAGUCAAGCGUGGGAAAUCCAUCAGAACAGUGGCAAAAGAGAGAAAUAUUGGCAGGUCGACACUGCAGAGGUACGUGAAAAAGGCAGAAGGAAAACGGGAAAAAACUGUAGGGUACAGAGGAACAGCAGAAGCGCAGAGGAUCUUUUCCAACGAGUUAGAAGAGGAACUGUCAGAAAACGUAAAGACGCUAGCCGAACGCCUCCAUGCUGUUACUCCAAAGAAAUGCCGUCAAAUGGCUUUUGAAUUGGCCCAAAAGUAUAACAUUCCUGUGCCAAACAACUGGGGAGAGCAGAGAUUGGCAGGCCGAGAUUGGUGCAGUAGUUUCAUAGCCCGCCACAACCUCUACUGCCAUAUAACUGAAGCAACAUCUUUGGCAAGUCAUGGACAGGUGACAGAACUUAGUUUCGUCGACAAAGAUGAAAUGAAGAAAGAAAUCAGAGAAGAAAAUGAUGACGUUGCCCCGCUUCAUGAAGUUUUGGAGGAUGAGAGUGCUGAGAUUUGUGAUUCGAGUCAAGACAUGUUAAACAGUGACUUGUUUAUUACGUAAUAUUUUUUUAUUAACUAUUUUUUUUGUUUAUUUGUUCUUUCAUUUAAAAUGUAUACUGUUGAUCCUAAUCUAAACCCACAUCUAAAGCUAAAUCUACCAACACGCUGUGCACAACAAGUGCAAUGUACUAUGAUAUGUAAUUGACAGUUAAGCAAAACCCCAAAUGCUAAUUUGUAGACAUUGUUAUUUAUCAUAAUUUAGUUAACUAUAACUUUUCCCCUACUCUUCAGUGAUACAUAUAGGCCCGGUUUCACAGACAAGGCUUAAGGCUAGUCCCAGACUAAAAUGAAUGUGUGACCUGUCUUAACUGAAUAUAAAUUGCCCAGAAAUAUCUUAAAAUAUAUCAUUGCCAUUGUUUUGUCUCAAGAUGCACACCAGUAAUGUAUUCUUCUAAGGCAUUUUUAUCAAAGCGACAUAAAUAUCUUAAUUCAACUAAGGCAUAGUCCUGGCUUAAGCUAAACCGUGUCUGUGAAACCGGGCCAUACAGUAUAGCCAGGAGAAUUUUCAUUUAUUAGCUUUAAGAUGCUAUAGGAAUAACAAAAUCUGUUCUUAACAUGACUGUUGUAUUUAAAAUAUUUCAUAUGUUAAUUUUGUUGCUUUUUGCACAAGGAUAUUAAAUGAAAUGUUAAUUUAUGAUAUCUCAACAAUUUUUUCUGUGGUUUGAGUGAAUGCUUGUAUAUAAUUAGUUGUCCCACACAGUUGUCUCUUUCUAUCUGCAGAGCUUUUGUGGUGACAAUGAGCUUUAGUCGUUUUCAUCUGAAAGUCACUUUAUGCUUAUUCUUAUACGUUACCGCCCAGUUUAUUAUUCCAGCAAGCAAAAGUACCUGUAAUUUACUCACUAGGUUAAAAGAGCAAUGUGGAGAUUUUAGCGGCAUCUAGCGGUGAGGUGGAAACAAUGCAACCAACGGCUCACUCCACCCCUCCCUUUCGAAGCACUAUGGUGGCUGCACAGAACUAAAAUGUCAUCGCGUUUUCACUUCUUUGCCAAAGGAGAUAACACUCUGUAGAGCAGUUUGUCCAUUUAGAGUUUAGAUGGCGAAUUCCAUGCAAGGGGACAUGUUUCAUCAUGUAAGGUCUUUAUACACUUCUGAAAACAUAGUUAUGUAUAUUAUAUUGCAUUUUUGUCAAUAGAUCCUCUAAAAAAUGAGAGGAAAAAGGAAUAAAGAACAAAUAUAUAAUAAUACUAAUAUAACAUUUGAAAAGUAACGUGUCAACUUGUUGAACAUUGAAAUCAGCUUUAAGGUGUCCCCUAGGUGUUUAAAGCGAUUCCAAAAAGGAUAUUUUGAAGAAUGUUGGUAACCAUUGGCCCCCAUUGACUUCCAUUGCAUGGCCACAAAACCAAUGAGACAUUUUUUUAAAUGUCUUGUUUUUUGUUCUACAGAAGAAAGUCACGCAGGUUUUGAAUUACAUACACGAGGGUGAAUAAAUGAAGAAUUUGUAUUUUGAUUGAACUAUCCCUUUACGAGGAGUUUAGUUUCUGAAACUACAGCAGUGUUGGUUGCAGUGGAUUAUGUAGCUAAUUACUGUUAUUUUCCCCGAAAAAGUAAAGUAAGACUAAUGGCUGGAAUACACUACAAGACUUUUAAAAUCUGAACAGAUUUUAACAGAAUCUGAACAGAACUAGACAUCAUACACUUGCAGACUUUUUGAAAGUUUUAGAAACAAUUUUAACUGAUUAAAUCUGCAGACUUGCACAGACUUUCUGCAACAAGUCCAGACUGAAAAUCUGAGCUAAAGUCUUGUAGUUUAUUUUAGCCUUAAGACAUUCUUGUAGUAUUUAAGUGAUUCAGUUGCAGUUACUGAUGAUGUACUUGCAGUACAUACUGUAUAUACUUUCAAAAAAUAUGUAUUAAACCAUUCUGCAAUUAAAUUAGGCGAGUUUGUGUUAAAAAGGUAGUUAGAAGUGUGUUAGAAAAUCAGCCCAUUUUAUUGAAACAAAUAUAAAGAUUAACAAAAGUGGCCAAAGAGGAUGUCCAGUUUUGGAAAUUUGACAUCUUUGCCUUAUGUUCAAAUAAACGGUUGAAAAUACAAUAAAAUGUUAUAUUGAUGUUUCAUGAUUUUGGAGUGUAAACUGAGCAAAUGCACAAAGCUUAUAUAGUCUGGAGAAUAAAUAUCCUUCAUUUAGUGUUUUGUCCAUAUGCCCUACAGCUCAUAUCUUCAUGGUUUUAUUCAACCUGAAGGGAGCAAAUAUUGGACAAA